AUAAACCCCUGUUGUAAAGAAUGAAGGAGGAGGAUUCUUCUGUCUCAGGAUAAAAGUAGCUUAGCGACAGACUUGUGGCUCCUGAGCGACGAUGGGGAACCUGGACGGAGGUGAACUCUGUGUUCCACACCUGAACUCCUCCUGCAAGAAGCCGGCCCACCCUCCUACCACCACCAUGCUGAUCUACAUCCUGCUGUCCUCCGUGUCCCUCAUCACGGUGGCCCUCAACCUGCUGGUCAUCAUCUCCAUCUCCCACUUCAGGAAGCUCCACACUCCCACCAACCUCCUCCUGCUGUCUCUGGCCGCCACCGACCUCCUCGUAGGCCUCCUGCUGAUGCCGGUGGAGAUCAUCUACAUCGAGGCCUGCUGGUUCCUAGGUGACAUCAUCUGCACUGUGUACUACAUCAUAGACUACAUCAUCACCUCCGCAUCUGUCGCUAACAUGGUGCUGAUUUCACUCGACCGCUACGUGGCCAUCUGCGACCCUCUGCGAUACACCACCAAGGUCACUAAGGGAGUCGUGCAGCUGUAUGUUUGCCUCUGUUGGGUCUGUUCUAUCUUUUACAGGCUGCUCCUCCUGCACGACCACCUGGAGCAGCCCGGCAGGUCCAACUCCUGCUUCGGGGAGUGCGUGGUCAUCAUCAAUUACAUCUCAGGUAUCAUCGACCUGGUGUUCACCUUCAUCAUCCCCAUUUCUGUCAUCGUGAUCCUGUACCUGAGAGUGUUUGUGGUGGCGCUGGCUCAGGCUCGCAGCUUACGUUCUCAGGUUGCAGCUCAGCGCCCGGGCAUGGUGACGGUGAGGAAGACGGAGAUGAAGGCGGCCCGGACUCUCGGUAUCGUUGUGGUUGUGUUUCUGAUCUGUUUCUGUCCGUAUUACUACCCGACUCUGGUGGGAGAGCAUACGUCGGUCGAUGCUUCCGCCGCCGCCUUUGAGAUCUGGUUGGCGCAUUUUAACUCGUGUCUGAACCCGGUCAUCUAUGUGUUUUGUUACCCCUGGUUCAGAAAGUCUCUCAAGCACAUUCUGACACUGCAGAUACUGAAACCAGGCUCCCGUGACGUUCAGAUUGUGUAGAUGCAGAGACACGAGAGGUGAAGUUAGUGUAGCAUGGAGUCCGCUGCUGGUAGAGUUAAACUGUGAAUAAUUCAGACAAGCAUGUGUGAGUCUCUCAAACAUAAUGACACGUAAAUAAGAUGAAAAGUCUGUUGUGUCAUGAAUGCAGCUUCCCCUCUUUAGCAGCUUUGCUUGUGAAAAUAUUCGCAUGAAGAGACACUGCAGGCGUCAUGUUUUCUCUUUAUUUGCUGAGCAGAACAAUAACGUCUGUGUCGUUGUUUCCUAAAAUGCAAGCAGCACCUGUUCUUCAUGCUCAGUGUCGAUAUAAUUCCUGCAUCUUCUGUUAUGAAAUAACUUUUCUUACUGAGGUUCAUUCAUUCAGUGCCAUCAUAUUGCUUUACAUGUGCAAUUUGUGUUUAAGGCAACAAGCAAAAGGCAGAUAACUUCAUCUUCUUUCAGAAUAAUGACAGAAAAAAACAUUGGAAAUACACGUUUUAUUUUACUGCAUUGUGUCUAUUUGCGUCUGUAGAUUUCAAGUACUAUGCAUGUGUUCUCUCAGGAGGAGUUUUUUCCUCCACUCUGAGCCAUAAAUCUGAUCUUACAGACACCAAACCUUCCAGUUUUACUUUUAUCUGUGUUGUGAAGGUUUUAAACAGAGGGCGUUGUUAAUUUCUGGAACAUUUUAUUCAUCAAAACAUGGUGAAAGUGACAUUUUUUUCUCCUUAUGUGAGUCUUUUACAGACUCCAGUUGACUUUUAUUUAGCAGAUUUUCCACAGAUGUGUUCAUAUGUCAUUUAUAGUCUGAUUUCUAAAACAUGUUGUUCAUACAAACAUGCUUUUUUCCUGCUUGUGUUCAGUAUUUACUCAUUCACAGAGUGGUAAAAAGAGAUGUGCAAUGUCCCUCUGUAACAGCAUUUCACUUUGACAUGCCAAGAAAAUACAAAAAACAAAACAAUUUUAAUGCUGGUUUUGUCCAAAAGUCAUGUUUUUAUUCUAGAAAUGAAUUCAGAUUAGGACAUUUUUAGAUGCAUAUGACCUCAUAUUUUACAUGUAAACAUGCUUUUUCUGAAAGCUUAAACAGAAGAAAAUGUGUCUUAAAAUAUCUAACAGGGAAGUUUUGUGUUGUUGAUAUAAAUAUCUUUAAAGGCUGAUUUUUUUCUCCUGUUCUGAUCCAGAAAUCUGCACCUCAGCAAACCUCACAGACGGCAGAUUUUCCUUUUUUUCUCUUGUCUGUAUUCUGAAGGAUUCUGCAGAGCAGCUUUGUUGAUUUUACAAAUGUUUUAUUCACAGAAACAUAAUGAAAAUGUGUUUCUCUGGGCCACAACUCUCCACUUCAGCAGCAUUUAGGUUCCAUAAAAUCUGAGUUUUAGUCCUUUUUGUGCUCUGAAGGUUUUCAAGGAGUUUUAUUCAUGUCAUCUAUAGCCUGAUGCUAUUUAUUAGAACAUAUAGAAAAUAAAGUGUAUUUUCUGAUUUCUGGAGAAAUAAAAGACACACUGACAUUUAAAUCCUCCUCUGAAAAGAUCUUAAAUUAAACAGGAAUUUUGAUAUCAGAUCUUUCAAUGUUCACAUUUCUGUUCUGGAAACACAGAUUUAGAUAUUUGACACCUCAUUUGCAUAAUUAAACAUACAUUUUAGAAAAUUUAUAACACCAAAAAAUCAUCGCCUUGUUCUGAGUGAUCAGCAGGUGAAGUUUAAUAAUGAAACCGAUUAGUUUUAAUCCAGUUUUUUGUGUAAUUUUGUCCUUUUCACCUGCAAUGUUUUCCUUUAAAAACCUAUGAGAUCAUCUGUACAAAUAUCAUAACUUCUGCAUGUUUUAUUCUACACUUUCAGGAAACUUCUCAUUAGACAAAAGUUCAAAAACAUUCCCACAAUCAGAAGUAAGAAAAGAACGUAGAGAUAAAUUUAUAGAGAUUUGAUAGAAUAAUAUGAGAACCUGAGCAGCUUUUAGUGUUUAAAACCUGCAGGGCCUUGAAAAAUAAAUAGAAUUUGCUCAUAUUUAGGAUGAAUGAUUCUGUUUCUUGUGUUUAUAAUCAAAGUAAUCGGUAAAUUUAGCUCAAAUAAAACAACAGUGCAGUAAAAGUACAACAUUUCUCCAGUAUGUGGAGGAGAAGAAGUGAUAUAUUCACACAAAUCGUGCAGAAAAUACAUUGAAUGGAAAGAUACAGAAUAAGUUGAGUGCAUGAGUCUGCAGGGGGCGCUCAUGUUACACAAAUGAAAUAAGUUCACAUUAGAAGGACACAAACUGCAGCAGAACCAGAAUAAAAACACAGAAAACUCCCCCAAUAGACGUUCAGGGCUCUAAAAUACUGAAUGCACGUCUAUUUUCUGCAUCUUAAUCAUCAUGUGUCGUUGCUUUUUUAGUAGAAAUGUUAUUAUCAAGAAAACUUUAAAAUAGUUGAUCACAGCUGGGAGGAGAAAACAGUUCGGAGGAAUACCAGCAGGAUUUGCAUGUUUUUAUUAUUUGUAAAAGAAAAACUAUUUAUAGUCAUUUUGUUCAAAUUUUGAGUCAUUGUUGACCAGUUUUGUCAUUUCAGUCAUAUGUUCAGCUAUUUUGGACCAUUCUUACCACUAAAGUUUAACAAAAACAAGUAGAGUUUGGUGCAACCAUGUUUUUUUGAGUCAUUCUGGACGAUUUAUAAUCAUUUUGGACACAUUUUCAGUCAUUGCUGAUUGUUUUUGCCAUCUUAAACAUGUGUUGAGCCAUUUUAGACGAGUCGAGUCUUUUUGGUCCAUUCUCACCACUAAAAUUUCACAUAAAACAAGUAGAUUUUGGUUCAAUCCUGCUUUUUGGAGUCACUGAGUACCAUUCUUACCAUUUUACAAAAUUUUUUAGUCAUUUUGGACAACUCUGGAGUCAUUUUUGAGAAGGUUUGUCUAUUUUUUUGCCAAAAAAAAAAACGUGAUUCAUCAGACCAGGCCACCUUCUUCCAUUACUCCAUGGUCCAGUCCUGAUGCUCAUUGUUGGUCUAUUGGUGUUGAUCACAGAGGUCAGCAUAGACAUCCUGACUGGUCUGCAGCUAUGCAGCUCCAUAAACAACAAACUGAUGUAUUCUGACACCUUUCUAUCAGAACCAACAUUAACUUCUGUUGGAUCGGACCACAUGGGUCAACCUUCCUUCCCAUCAGUGAUCUUUGGCUGUCCAUGACCCUG